UCCAGUUUUUGUCACAAGAUAUGAGAACAAGUUUUUGUGAAAAAAAACUAUUAACAAAUUAUAAAUUGAAACAAAAUAGUUGAAAUCUAUCUUUAUUAGUACAUACAUACAUUUAUAAAAUAUUUAUCAACAUGAAUUUAUCUAGUUCUACUACAGAGGACUGUAAUGUAAUUAUAUCUAAAGGGUCUACAGAAAAAAAUUACAAAGACAACUCAUCCUCAAGUGAUUGUAAUAGUGAUGUGAUUAAAACAAUAACACAAGAGUCUACAAAUACAAAUUAUAACGAAGUAAGAAAUGGAGAAUUGUCUCUUAUGGUAAAUAAUGAAACAGACAACUCACGAUUAAUUGAGAGUGAUUUGAUUUUAAAAUCACAGAAGUCAUCAACAGACAAUAUAUCAGCAAAUAAAUGCAAUAGUGGUUGUAGAGAUUUGAUUGAAAAACUACCACAGAAGCCAGCAGGUUUAACUGAUAAUAAAGAAAUAAUCAUUGCCGAAUCGUCUUUUUCUACUAAAAAUUAUGAAACACACAAUUCACCACCAACAGAUUGUAAUAGUUAUGGUCAUGCUUUGUCUAAAUCAAUAUCAGGACAGGUAAGAACGAGUACUUCAAAAAUACAAAUUGCAGAAUCACCUCCUUCUACAAUCAAUGAUGAAAUAGACUACUCACCAUCAGCUGAUUGUAAUAACUGUUGUGAUUUGAACACAACACCGCAAGGCUUAAAAAGUAAAAGUAAUGAAACUGUUGGAAUGUUUUCGCAUAAUUUUAUGGAAACUCCAGAUGCAUCUCCAGAGAGUAUUUCUAUAUCUCAUGCAUCUCCAAAAAAAAGAAAAUUUAUUGACAAACUUGAUUCACCAUCUAAAGGUCUCUUUACAACUAUUGAAACAGAUACUUCAGAUUCUUGCAAUUUUUUAAUAGAUACAGAAUAUGCGCCAACCUUGAAUCAUCAUGAGAUGCCACAACCAACACCAGGAGUUGCUCCAACGCCACCAUCAGUACCUGUCCAGCAACAACAACAGCAGCAAUCUAAAGAAUUUAAUACAGCCUCGUUAUGUAGAUUAGGACAAGAAACAGUACAAGAUAUUGUUAGUAGAACACAAGAAGUUUUUCAAACAUUGAAACAAAUACAGCCUCCCAAUGGCACUCCCCAAUCAUUAAAUGCAAGCAAUGAGAAAAAAGCCAGAGUUCAAGAGCUUCUUCGUACCAUUAGAGUUCUUUUCAAAAGAUUGCGUCUUAUUUACGAAAAAUGCAAUGAAAAUUGUCAGCUACAAGGCAUGGAAUAUACACACAUUGAAAGUUUGAUUCCUUUCAAAGACGAACUAGACCCGAAACACGAUGAAAAGAAAAACUCAGAGGCAUACCGAUUAGCAUGCGAGGAAAGCAAAGAAGUGAUGGAGCAAGUUAUUCUGAAAAAUAAACAGCUCAAGGAGGUUAUAGAUCACUUAAGGCGUAUAAUUUGGGAAAUUAACACUAUGCUCACUAUGAGAAAGUCAUAGCUAUUUUUUUUGUUAAUAUUUAUUAUGUAAUAUUAUCACAGAAACACAUUUCAUACUUUUUCAUAUAUUACAGUAAUAGUUUUGUUCACUAACAAAUUGUUAAACUUUAUUAUUGUGUGAAUGCGAAAAUUUCAGCCUGAGGUUUUGUGAAAUGUAAAUUGUCUGACACUAGAUACAUGGAUAAAUUUAAAAACACGGAAAAUUUAUUCCGUUAUUCUGAAAAAUAAAAGGAAGGUUAUAGAUCA